AUGCCGUAUACUAUUAAGGAUUAUUUGCCAGUCCCUCCCAAGUACACCUACGGCUACGAGGUACAGGAUCAGUACACGGGAGCCGACUUUGGUCAGCAGGAGCAGCGGGACGGCUACCUGACCCAGGGCAGCUACCGCGUGGCUCUGCCCGACGGCCGCAUCCAGACCGUCACCUACCAGUCGGAGGGUGACGCCGGCUUCGUGGCCGACGUCCAGUACGAGGGCGAGGCCCAGUACCCCGCCUACGAACCCAAGUACCCCGCCCCGGCUCCCAAAUACCCUGCCCCGGUCCCGAAAUACCCCGCCCCGGCCCCCAAAUAUCCGGCGCCCGAGCCCAAGUAUCCGGCGCCCGAGCCCAAGUACCCCUCUAACUAAGGCGCCUUUCGUUCCCUUACAAGUUACGUGAUUCCCUAUCCUUGGUGCUGACAUGUUUAUGUGUUUGUGUGUUUGCUUGUACCUGGAUGCAUGCGAAGGAGAUUGAAAGAGAGUGAGUGAGGAGAGAGUUGCAUGCAUCUCCUUGUAAGUGAAAGUGCAAGGUUACGAUGUAACCGCCACGCCUUUGACUACCACCGAUCGUGAUUUGUCUGUUGGUAUUUAUAUAUUGUGUUCUGUGCCAAUACAUACAUUGUUGUAAGCUA